UCUAGAUACGAGGAAGCUACAAGUAACCGUCAGUGAGUUGACACAGAUUAGCACUUUGUCAUGUGUCAGGAACCGUCAAAAACUCUUACUAGUCCGAAGAAGUUUAGAUUAAAAGGCUAACUAAAACCACCAAUGUACAAGGUCGGCGACGGUAAACGAGUGACUCCGACCAUCACAGCGUUGCGUUAAAUAAUUAGCAAGAACUUGUUAUAUCCACCAUGUUGAGACUGAACUUCAGGAGGGAGAAAGGCAAAGACUACAAACACAUAGCCCAUGGUCUGAUCCCUGCUGCCUCCAUUGCCCCCAAAGCUGCCGUGCCUCGUACCCCACCCCCUCGCAGCCCAAACCCCUCUCCUGAGAGACCCAGAUCAGCCUUGGCGGCGGCCAUCUUGUCUUCUUCGCUCACCGGGCAGACUUGGGCGCUCCCUCCCGCCCGCCCCAGGUCUUUCUCUGAGGCCGAGCAAACCGAGUCCUUCGUUUCUGAGCCGAACAUCAGCACCGCACUUUUUACACGUGAUCGAUGGUCAGAAAGCUUUGUUGCUCGCCCACGUCUGUCCUCCCCUGACCACUCUGACGAGGACGAGGAGGAGUUCCAAGACCAGGAGGAGGAGCAGGAUGACGAAGGAAGCAGAGUGGAACACAUUUCCAAAACUCUGGACGAGCAGCUGAGGUGUUCAGCCGCAGAACCAGUCUAUGCUCUGGCACUAAAACACUCGGCCAGUACUCCCCAGGCGAGUCCGAUCUUAUCCAGCAGGGAAUCUUCUCCAGAAUUCCUGGGACAAAAGAGUGUUGAGCGCUGUGAAGCCAGCAGUGUUUCCUUAAAGAAGAAGGCCUGUGUGAAGAGGAACUCCAGAAGCCAUCGAGAAGAUGCGCCAUCCAUCAGCCAAUCCAGUCGAGCCAAACGAGAGCCUAAAGCGGCCAACCUGCCAUCUUCUGGUGCCAACAUGGCUGGCAGCCUUGGGGGGAGGGACCCUGUGAAGGCCAUGAAGGAGGAGAAAGCCAGGGUAGAGGAGAAGAUACGACACCUGGAGCCGACGACCUCCAGGUGGACGGCAGGCUUGCAGGAGGAGCUGCAGACUUUGAGGCAACAGGCUCAGGAGCUGGUAGAUGAAAACGACACCCUCAAGCGUACGGUACAUCGCCUGAAUGUGGAGCUAAGCUGCUACCAAACGCGCUUCAGACGCCCGUCCAGGCAGGAGGUGGACACCAAGCAUUCAUCCCCCCUCAUGCUGGCCUACGAAGAUAGGCUGAAUGAGAAAGAUGCACUGCUGAAGACCACAGAGGAGGAGGUGAAAAGGUUGCGGGUGCACUUGGAGGAAAUGGUGAAAGAAAAUGAGAGGCUUCAUGAUGAAACGGCCGAGAGCGGCGGGAUCAGCAAGGAGGCCUGCCACCAAGUUCAGCAGCAGGCUUUGCUGGUUCUGCAGGAAAAUCAGCUUCUUAGCGAACAGCUGGAGGCGCUGCACGUUCAAACCGAGGCCGACCACAGCAAACAUCUCUCUGAAGUGUCCAAAGCGUCCAAGCAGCUGAUGCUGCUCGAGGCAGAAAAUCAGCGUUUGCAGGACGACCUGGAGGAGAGCAGGGAGGAGGCGCACCAAAACAAGAAGCAGGUGUUGAGUCUGCGAGCCCAUCUGAAGGAUGCCGUCACCUGGGAGGAACACUUCAACAUUGCUGGGAGACUCAGGAGACAGCUGGAGCUGGAGCAGAGCAGGAACAAGAGCGAGGUGGAUGAGGUGCACGCCCAAAUGUCCAGCCUCCAGGAGCACAACCGUAGUCUUCUCCUGGACAAAGCCAAGCUGACGGCUGACGUGCAGAGAAUUGAGGCGCAGCUGGAGCUGAGCAGACAAGCCAACGGGAAGGCGGAGAGGAAGCUGUGCUUACUGAAGCAACAGAAGGACGAGUGUGUGCUGAAAGAGGGGAAGACGAGGAAUUACCUGGACGCUGUCCUUUCCGUGGCCGAUCAGAUCUCCAAGGAGAGAGACCAGCUUCUCCACAUGGCUUCCACGCUUCAGCAGGAAAAGCAGGGAUUCAUCGGAAAGAUUCUCAGUGGCACCGUUCGAUUUGAAAAACUACAGGAGCGUGUCAAGUUGAAGGUCCACUACCGGCUGAAGUCAUCCAGACAGACACACAUUUACCAGAAGCAUCCUCGCCCGACCCUGCAAUGUCCUCCAUAUUGAUCAGUGCACUUCAUAGCAUCCCCCCGGCCCCCCAGUCAGCAUCCAUUCAAGCGGUGAACAUUCACUGCUGCAAGAGAUGGUUAUCUCUCGACUGGGCUUAUUACCUUGCCGAAGUCCUCCACGAGUGUUGGGAUGCGGGGCCUAAAAGGAGAACAAUCGGCAUGUUUAAAGCGAACUGAAGGACAGCGCUGGUCUUUGUGCGUUGGCUGUUUAUCAGCCAGCGCGGGCUGUUUGUUAUGCGUGCUGCUCACUCCCACAAAUGCCAAUUAUGGCUAAUUACCAUUCUCUUGCCAGUCAUUCCCACGCCGGCUGCAGCUCGCCACAGCCUCCCAAAAGAGACUGUGGACGUAGUUAGGAUGCUACCGGCAUCCACUUUGCUUUGUCGUUCAUCACAAAGUGUUCGCUUAGGUUUAGACCAGGGGGUCUUGACCAAGGGGCCAAGGCAGAGGCUUGUCUCUGGGGUCUCGACAGCUGCUUUAAGGAAUAUUAGUCACAGAUUUUUAAGGGUGAGAGGUGCUGCACUAGUAUAUAUAGCCUUGAUGCUGCAGAUUUAUGUGUGUAGCUGGAAUACUAAUCAGCCUUGUUUGUCAGUGCCCCCCCGCCCCCAAAACAUGUCCAACUAUAUGGCAUCUAAUGUCCACUGUAUUAUAUGCCACAUGGGACCGGAGGGGGGACACAAAUGUUUGCAACAUGCUAGCUAUGCAUGCAUUACACUUACAUUUUAACAGAAACAAAAAACUAAAUGAAAAAUGUCAGUUCUCUCAUCUCGCAUGGGAAAUGUUACCCGCUGGUUAGGGACCGUCAAUCAAUUCCUAUUGCUUUGAAGAGUUUCUUUAAAAAAAAAAAAAAAAGUCACACAUACGUAGAAUCCAAAUCACACCACAAAUUGAACCAUGUCAAAUGAUUAGUGCGGCCAUUUUUAAAGACUUGUAGCGAAGCCUGCUAUACACUGGGUGUGUCCACCUAUCUGGAGAUGGGUUUGAGACGGUAACAUGUCCUCAUGAAAAGCAUUUGAACACAUCUUCUCUUAUAAGAGGAGCAAACAAGUGAAGGAGCUGUUUGGUGCUCAUAAACAGGCUCUACGACACAAACAGCUGCGAGAGCAUCAGUAAAAUGUCACGUUAAGGGACCUAAUGUGUCACCGUCUGCCCAAAAACAAUGAGCCUCCAGUGGAAUAAUACUGUUUUUUUUUUCUAAAUCAGCACUAAAACAGCCAAACCUGGUUGUGUGUUCAGGUAAAAAAAUAAAAUAAAAAUCUUCCCACUGUUGUGUAUCACCAUGGCAACGUGUCCCAUUUACGCAGUGCACGCAUGAUUGACAGAUUCUCUGCAAGAGCAACCUUUUCUUACCGCUAACUUGAAUGUGGCAUUAAUGAAGUGGUUUGGACGAGUGUGCCCUUUGUGCAGCAGACAUCAGUUUUACUGCUCGGAUGUAGUGACUGAGCUUUAAAGGUGCCACUGAACUGCUGUAAAUUGGGUGAAUUUAAAGCUGUCAUGCAUUUAGAAAGAUGAGGGGGACGGUGCCUGCAGCCGACUCGCACACCGAGUUAAAAGGAUGCUUAUUGACGUUAAAACCAAACAAAACGAGCUCGCACGCAACGUCUUAUUGACUUUUCACUGGCUGGACUUGAGGAAGGUUUUCUGUUCAAAUGAAAGGAAGUCUUUGUGCUUCUGAGGUGAACCAUUGAUCUUCACGCUCAAUAGAAACUUCGAGGUUCUAUUUAGUAGCAGACCAGAGAGUUCUAACUAUGAUUUCUCUUUCUAUGCUUCUACUUGAUUUCUGUUUCCUAUUUGGCAUCUUAGGACUGAACUUUACUCUUGCUGGGGGUGCUGGGGGUGUGAUGUGUACCUGGAGUUCUGUUUACAGUAGUUCAGCCGGGUCACUGUUUUUAGAGCUGCAACAGUUAAUCAAUGAUUAAUCGACAACUACUUUGGUGUUUGAGUCAUCAUUUUUGGAUUUCAAAAUAUAAAGAUUCUUUAGUUUUGUUCCGUCCGUCAAAGUUUGUGUCGGCCCAGAGUGGGCAAUAAUGAGUGGGUGGGACACCACACUCUAGUCUCCAAUUCUUGGAUGCUGAGUUCUCCACUCUGCAUAUAAAUCAUCUGAUUCCCUGGAAGACAUCCCAGUGGAUUUGCCAAGCGAUCCGCUUUCCCUUUUUUCCUUGUGCUCAUGUCACCGUGUGAGACGAUGUGCCCCACGCCGCCGAUCAGUUCCUAACCUCAAAAUGUACAUUUCAAGUUUGACAUUCUCAUCGGACACAACGCCGAGAGUCUUUCUGUCGCUAACCAGCCGCACUCUUUCAGUGUGACGCCGACGCUAACAUAUGGGAAUGUCCUAUAUAAUGUUGGCCGUGGCGACUACAUUAUUCAUAUGUCAUUAACAUGAAUGCGCUCAUCUCCUUGAAACAACAGAAAAUGUUGAAUAUUUCAGUGACUGCUUGGUGUGUAUACAGUAAAUACGGCCUCUAUGCUAACAUGCGUGACGUCAGUGGGACUUGGAUUUAGUUCGCAGUCAUCUUCCAUUGGGAGGAAGUGUAGCCGUGCUUUCAAAAAGAAAAAACAUGACUUGAGAGCAAACGUAUGGAAUAUGUGGCUCCACUUAGAAGGCAUAAAUAAAGCAAAUCGAUGCCACAACACCCGCCAAGCACCACUUAGCAAGUGAGACAUCAUUAUUGCAGGAGCCGAGAUGCUGUUUCAUCUUCAAGAAGCAUUGUGGUGUGGGUGGUACGCAUUAGUGGAACUCUGCUGUCCGUCAUUUGUUUACAUCUAAGCUGAAUAGCAUCCCAGGGUCCCUGUCUGUGUCGUUCCAUCCGAUUUAAGAUAAUAGCAUGGUUUGAUGUGCAUGAGUGACAGACACAGCGUGUGUUCCUUUCGCCACUUGAUCAUUUUUAUUGAUACCGGGAUGAGACCCAAAGCCCGCUCUUAUGCCAUUUGUCACCGCAUGUCGCAGAAUGAUAAUGCACGGCCCCAUGUUGCAAGGAUCUGCACAUAAUUCCUGGAACUGUUCCAGUUCUUGCAUGGCCAGCAUACACAUCAGCCAUUAUUUAAGAUCACGAUACCUCAUGACCAGUGUAGACUACAUUACUACAUGUCUUACAGCGGUGUCUUUCAGUAGAUUUUCUAAAUGCCUUUUAUGUUUUUUACUUAAUUUGGCCAUUUUUAUACUUGAAAAUGCAUUUUGGGGCCAAAAGUACAUAAUGAAUCGAUAAUUAAAUGCAUCAUAAAUAAUUGAUGAAUACCAGGGGUGUCAUGAGACACUUGGUUUACUCUGUGUGUAUGCUAGCGGCCCCGCCUCUACCCACCGAU